GAAAGUGUAAACAUGGAGGAUGAUUUCAAGACUUUCUGCUAUCGAAUACAGUUUGCCCCGUGAUCAAUUUGAUAGAUUAUUAACGUUUAUUAAUACCUAAAGUUGGUUUAGAAAAGUAGUUUGAAGUGAUUUGUAAAAGUUUAUAGGCAACUUUUGUAAUUUUAAAACGUGACUUUGCGUCUUGUAAAUGGGAAUUUUCCUGGAUCAGACCAGCCUUCAUGAAAUGACAUUUUGGGUAUACAAUGACGGAUUUAAUCGGGAAAAAGACCCAAUUGUGAUGUUUAUGGGACAUAUAGGAGUGCCAACAGAGAAGCUCGUCAAAGAUCUCCAGGCUCAAAGCGUCAGUCCACCAGCUGAACUCUCAGUCAGACUGGUGAAUGGGACCACUUCCUGUUCUGGGACAGUGGAAGUCUUCAAUGAAGGAGAGUGGUUGGGUCUAUGUUCUGGGUGGUGGAGAAUGAUGAUAGAGGUCAAGGUUGUGUGUAGAGAGCUGGACUGUGGGAAUCCUGUAGCUGAAUCUGGAAUGCCUCUGCUUGAAGAUGGAAAACGAAGAGUCAUACUAGGUGGUUGCUAUGGAAAUGAGUCUUCUGUUAGACAGUGUGACAUUGUAAGAGGAGGACCUGGUGGCUGUAAUGGUAGAACUUAUCAUCAUGUGACCUGUUCAGAGUCUGUGCGGCUUGUGGAUGGAGCUGGUCUCUGCUCUGGGAGAGUGGAGGUGAAGUCCAAUCAGUCCUGGGCCUCAGUGUGUGAAGCUGACUUUGACCAGCAGGAUGCAGAGGUAGUCUGUAGGGAUCUUGGCUGUGGGGCUCCUGCAGCUCUACAGGGGGGGCUCUAUGGAGAAGGUGAGGGUCAGACCUGGGAUAAAGAGUUCCAGUGUAAAGGCAAAGAGUCCCUUCUCCUGGACUGUGACACCUCAGACAGAAAACACAACAACUGCCUACCUGGUAAUGCUGUUGGACUCACCUGCUCAGAGCCUGAUGAUGUGAGGCUGGUAGGAGGAGGCAGUCGCUGUGCUGGUGGAGUGGAGUGGUACGACCAGGGAGAGUGGAGGACUGUGGGAGCUGAGGACUGGGAUGUAGCUGCAGUAGUGUGUAGACAGCUGGGUUGUGGCUCCACUGUUUCAGUACUACUUGUAGACACCACUAGAGCGUUUAGACUUUCCUGUUAUGGGUCUGAGUCUUCACUGAGGGAGUGUUCCAGAAGUUAUAAUCUCUCUCCUGGACUCACAGUGAUCUGCUCAGAUGACUCCCACCAAGGGAACUACAGAUGUGUUUAUGAGAAUUAUGUUUUCUCUCAUAACUUCUCCUCUGAGAGUGAGCUCCUCUCCCUCACCAUCACAGCCUCUCCUCUGCCAGCCUUCAUCAUCAGACACGUUGUAGUGCUGCUGAUCCUACUGACAACAAUCACCACCUCCUACCUGUACUACAAGCCCACCAGGAGGCAGAAGAGAGUGAACAGGGUGAGCAGCAUGGAUCUUUAUGUCAAUGCCAUGGAGAUGGUCUCUCUGAGCUCCAGAGCUGAAGCUGGACCGGGAGAGGAGAGAGCAGCCCAGGGGACGGAGUAGGAGUAGAAUGAAGCUGACCCUACAUGCUGAUCUUAGGUCAGUUUUGUGUUUUAAAUCGAUGGUCAGCAGUGGACUCGUGUUUAAA